GUUUAAACAACACACGCUCACUUAUACUCUCUCCCUCGUCCAAUGGGCACAUUGUUAUUUUUGUCGUUUUAUAUCAAAACUGGGCUGCUUGGUUCAGACUAUUAUCAUUGUUUUGAAUCAUUAUAUUCUCAAGCACCAAAGGCACCAUCUGCCAUCAUCACCUAUCUGUCCUUGUUUCUCUCAUUGCUGCAUUUAUAACUAUUAAUUUAUUUGCCUUCACUUAUAAACCACAAACUUAAAGCUGCAGACCACACGCCAAUGACGAACUGUACUGCCAAAUUCGAGGCUAUGAUGGCCAAUGUCACGGCGCCCCCGCUAUCUUUGGACGAGUUUCGCAUGUAUGUUGACUACGAUCAAAAGGCCAGAGACGCAUUGGCGUUUUGCGAAUGGUAUCAGCGAUAUAGGACCGUAUAUUUUGAUCGCGUAGUAUUGCCAUCGACAAGAUAUACAACUGCGACGAGCACGCGCUCAGUAAUUCCACGUGAACCAUCCGCUCCAGAAUGCAAACAGCAACUGCGUCUUUCGCGGGCCGCUGCAGGUCGCACAUCCAGGCGCUCAAUGUCGGUCCCAAUCAUGCGAGCCCCAGAAUCAAUCUUAUCUGCCAUGAUAAAUGUGCACUCUUCCAAACCUCACAACUUUAGCAUUCUCAGCGAGAGCAUAGUUGAUUGCGCGUUCAACACGGCUACCACGGGCGCGAGUGGUGGUUCUGGGAGCGACCGAAGCCCAUUUGCGUGCACUUCAAUGUUUUCAGUGAGAGCAUAUCCUUCCUUGGCCAAUCAUUACAGUGACUCGAAUGACAGUGGUGGCUACUGUGAAGGCACAUUCGCAGACACGGCGGCACACAACGCACGCCUACGGCGGACAAUCGGGGCGGCUGGAUUGCGCCCCAUAGCGAGGCGCCGAACAUUGUCUGUAACGAUUGGUGAACUUGGACUGGAGCAGCACACCACGAAUGAGCAGGAGAACAAUCGGCGGCAAAUACAAUCGCUGCUGAUAUUUGAGUGCUGGUCGCGUUUUCUGUGCGACCAUGCCCAAGAGCGGCUCGACAUCCCGGAUUCGGAGCUAAUGUAUAUCAAAGAGCGCUUGCCGCUGAACAUCACGCAUAUCCCUAGGCCGCUACUCUGCCAGAAUGACAUGCUUGCUCCGCCGUCGCCACAGGUCCAAAAGUGCAGUGGCACAAUUGCAAACUGUUCGUCUGCAGCUUCUGGUGGCCCGAAAUCCCUCGAGAACAUGUUUGACAAACACCACAGGCCGGCCCAUCUUUGCAUUCCAUCUCAGAGGUCCAUGCAUUUUCAGCCGUGUGAUCAACUCAAGCGCAAUAUGGCAUCGUUGGUUCAGCUUCAGCAACCGAGCAUACUAAACAUACCACGCGUGCAGUCCCCGCUAUCGCUCGGAUCUGGUGUUAACAACAUUUCGGAUGUGUGCCUGAACUUGGAGGGCUCGACAAAUAAAAGCAGCAACGGCGAGGUGGCCAAUACAUCAGCAAAAUAUAUGAUCGCCAGCCUGCGUCGAAUUUCAACCAUGCCUUCUCUCAAGCACACACCAAUCAGCAGUGUGGAUACUCGUGGUGCCAAACAAGAAUUUUUUGGCUGCCAGCUUCGGUUGCCUCUUUCGCCGCAGCCGCUACGGACAAAAAAAAAGCGGACGGUUUCCAUUGGCGCGCUACAGGAAUUGCACCAUUCACUUUGGCCGCAGCCACCAUUUUCAUACACUCCUGCAGACUUUGAAAGCAACUGUGCACUUCAGUAUUGUGGCUACAAGCCAGUGCCAAAGUCAAUAUUCAAUCUUAUUGUGCCCAGCGCGGUGCCGCCAGCACUUUUUGACACCAUUGCCAAGUUGUCCGCCGAGUAUUUGUUUAGCGGCCACUUUGUUGAGUUUUGCCGGCAUGCGCGAUACAACAUCACACAUCGCGAGCAGCGGGGUGCAGCAGCUGGCUCUGCUGCCCUGUUCACGCUCGGGUUUGCCAUUGGGGCAGUUCUGGUUGUAGUAGACGUUCAUAUUGCGUUGCGUGUCCUAGCUAUGCCUUUUCUGCUGGCAGCUACACUGCUCACAAUGGCUUCAUUGACGCGGGUCAAUAUAGUUUUGUGGUGGCUCCGACUGCGCUCGACAAGCCUGAUCCGCUAUAGCAACAUCAGCUCGGAGCCUACUGCUGAUGGUGAAAGACACUUGCAAACUCGGUUUCAGACAGACCCAGUUCUCUGUGCAAUUCAAACAAUAACUGGAACCAUUCGGUCGCCGCCGUUUCUGGCCCUUGCAGGCACCAUUUACAACACCGAUAAAUGUAUGCACGGAAGUCGCUGCUGCUACUGUCUUUUGGCAGACAACACAGGAAAGGAAGAUGCUAAUGCGGCCCAUAGUUCGGCACGACUGGACACCGUCUCGCCAUUUUCGAUGUGGUCACAGCUAACUCUUGGUACAGCAACUAGUGAUUUGUGUGGCAAAAUUGUGCGAUUUAUGCUGCGCAAGUGCAACACGGGAGACCAGUGGUAUGUCGAUCUACGCACCCAGCGAUACGAGAUAUUUGAACCGCACGUGCUUCGCGGCCAGUGCCACAUUGUUAUGCACCAGCUGUCUAUUGCGCUUGUGGUCUGGGUAGUGACAAUGACAGCACUGUUUCUGAUACCGUAAACGCGAGCAGGCACUCGGUCUAAGCUGUACUUUCCAGCUUUUUUAAAUGUAAAUCGUUUGCUCGUGCAAAACAUUUUUACGGCAUGUCCGCAUUUGAUUUGGCAUUAUCGGUAGAACAUAUAUGUAACAAAUCUCUAAUCUGUGUGUGGUAACCUUGGAGAUUGUGUUUACGUGCUUCUUUAAAUUUCGUUAAACUGAUAUGUUACCACCAUCUUUCACCAGAGGUAGGAAAUUAAG